CAAAGAUACAACAGAUUUCUAACCCUGCACCAAUGAAGAAUUUUUAAAACAGGCUCAGCACUGGAGCUGCCACACUCUCCUCCUUACUCCCGACGAAAAGAAAAAAAAAACAGAGAGAGGAUCAGAGAAAACAUCAGAGAAGACAUUAUUAUAAAGGAUCGUGGUAAUGAAAAAGUGGAGAGGUGAGGGAAGUAGAGACAUCUGUUUUUUUAACUUCAGAGAAGUAGAAGGACUUCAUGCAUGAGUCUUGAAGCAUCACCAAAUUAGCUGGACUCAAAAACACUGAUUUAGAAACUUGUUUUGUUUUUCCUGAUUGGACGACGAUCAUUCUUCUCUCAUUACUGAAACAGAGGGCAAAGCCUGUCUGCUUGUCAUGGCCCCUUACUCUUUGUUGAUGAUGCUGGCAGUUUUUGCCAUGGCAACUGGGGCCCUCACUACCAACGAAGAGAAUGAACUGGAUUAUGGGUACUGGAACUACAGAGAGGGAGCUGAUAGUGUGAACGUGGCCUCGGUGCGCAGUGUGACCAGAGUUUUAGAUGCAUGGGGGAAGCGCAUUUUCAGUGAGAUCAAGACUUUGCUGCACUCUCAGCCCAGCACCCUGCUGCCAGACUACUCCAGGGUGCGCCCCCUGUCUGAGUCUGUCAAUGACCUCUUCAGAGAAGUCUCUCUGCUUCACCGCCGCAUCACUGAGCUCUCUCAUCGCCUAGCAACGCUGGAGCCUUUCCUUCGUCACCACGGCUACCGCGGAGACGAUAAGCGUGGGGUGUCUCAGAGCCUAAGAGGAGACGUGGCGAGUGUGGCCCGGUACACCCCGAGGACCGGGAUGAAGGCUAGUCCUCCGAGAGGGAGUCGGGUGCUGAGGAGGAGACGGGUGAGGGUCCUCAACGGGGGUGUGAAGCUGACUCGAGGUCAGAGAUAGAGAGACGACAGAGGGGUGUGACCAGUGAGAAAAGUUUGGCAAAUAUUAUUAAUGUAUGAAAUCUCUGGGGAACUGGGCAAUGUUGUGUUGAGAGCACAGGAUGAUAUUUCAUGGUUUGUAUUUUUCAUAAAGACAGUUCUUUUUAAUAAACUCUUUUAUUAUCAGCA